AUGCGUCUGGUGGUGGCACAACCGAAGGUGAGCGAUGGCGAGCGGUUUGUGAAAGCGCGGGUGGUGCAGGUGCGGUACCUGCACGACGGGUCGGAGCAGCACGCGGACAGCGUGGUGCUGGAGCUGGAGCUGUCGGCCGGCGCGGGUUUCGUGCUGCCCGCCUACCUGCAGGGCCGCCAGCGCUUCGUGCUGCCGGUGAACGUGACGCCGGUGAACGACGCGCCCGCCCUGGCGCUGCCGCCCGGCGCCGUGCUGCGCCUCGCGCAGGGCACGCGCAAGGUGCUGACGAGCGAGCUGCUGCGCGCCGAGGACCCGGACAGCGCGCCGGCCGGCCUCGUGUACACGGUGCUGCGCGGGCAGGCCGGCGAGGCGCGCGGCUACGUGGAGCGCGUGCACGCGCCGGGCACGCCCAUCGACACCUUCACGCAACGCGACGUCGACCAGCGGCUCGUCGCCUAC